AUGGCUAGUGGUAGUGGUGGUGCGGAUGGUGGUGGUGCGGGUGGCAGUGGUAGUGGUGCGGGCGGUGGUGGUUGGGAUAGUGAAGCAUCGCGACAAAUCCGCAAACAGAUACGGGCGUAUACGUCCGCUGAGAUAAACCGUAUGAUGAUGGCAGUCUCGCAGCAGCAGCAGCCGGUGAUACCUCGCUCCAUCCAGCAUCGAGCUGUAGUACCCCGGGACCACGUCGCUGCACAACAACGGUUGUUUGAGGACUAUUUCAGCGAGCAGCCGCGGUUUGGAGACAACUUCUUCCGGCGGCAUUUUAGGAUGAACCGAGAUCUAUUUAUGCGUAUCGUGAACGCUUUAGAGCGUCGGUACAAGUACUUCCGGUUCAGGAGGGAUGCGAGUGGCAGACCCAGACACACGCCUAUAAAGAAGUGCACUGUUGCAAUUAGGCAGUUGGCUUACGGAGGCGCGACCGACAUGUUCGACGAGUACCUCCAUAUCGGCUAG